CCCUAUUGCAGGAGCUCGAGCCCUAACCGGAGAGAGGCUCUGAGCUAGCGCAAUUCUCUAGACCCAGACCCCAAAGCGCAGAGUCCGGAUCCCCCUGCCUCCUGGUCUCCGGUGCCAUCAGACCCUUUCUUUCCUCAUGCUGGCUCCCCCUGCUCCGGAUCCCCCUGUUCCUAUGUCUCAGACCGAGGCGGACCUGGCGCUGAGGUCUCCGCCGCCUCCCUCUCCUGCCGGGGCUCCUCGCCUCGGCCCGGCACCCCGGCGGAUGCGUCGCUUCUCCGGAAAAGGGGAGCUCCGACCACGUUCCACGCGUUUCAGCCGCCGCAGUUCAGUGGACCUGGGGCUCCUGAGUACUUGGUCUGAGCCCGCCCCGCCCCUCCCUGAUCCCCCGGGCCCUCCGGAUUUAAGCAGCCCGGGUUCCCCCAAGUCCUUACAGCCUAGCUCCGGGGAGCAGGCGGAGGGCGCACCGAGCGGGGGUCUUGCAGGGAAGCCAGGAGAUCUAGAGCGUCCGGAACUCUCAGGGUCGGGGGGAGGCCUGGGUUUCGGGGAGAUGCUGCAGAGCCCCGGUGGGGUGGCGCCGGAGAGGCUACGAGAACAGGAGGAGAAGGAAGAUACAGAGACGCAGGCUGUGGCCACGUCCCCGGACGGCCGCUAUCUUAAGUUCGACAUCGAGAUCGGACGUGGCUCCUUUAAGACUGUCUAUAGGGGUUUGGACACGGAUACUACGGUGGAGGUCGCCUGGUGUGAACUGCAGACUCGGAAACUGUCCCGGGCGGAGAGGCAGCGUUUCUCCGAGGAAGUGGAGAUGUUGAAAGGGCUGCAGCACCCGAAUAUCGUCCGCUUCUACGACUCAUGGAAAUCUGUACUGAAGGGCCAGGUCUGCAUCGUGCUAGUCACUGAACUUAUGACUUCGGGCACUCUCAAGACAUACCUGAGGCGAUUCCGGGAAAUGAAGCCUCGGGUUCUUCAGCGCUGGAGCCGACAGAUCCUGCGUGGGCUGCACUUUUUGCACUCGCGGGACCCUCCUAUCUUGCACCGGGACCUCAAGUGCGAUAAUGUCUUUAUUACCGGUCCCACUGGCUCCGUCAAAAUCGGGGACCUUGGCCUGGCCACACUGAAGCGCACCUCAUUUGCCAAAAGCGUCAUCGGGACCCCGGAAUUCAUGGCACCUGAGAUGUACGAGGAGAAAUACGAUGAGGCAGUGGAUGUGUAUGCAUUUGGCAUGUGCAUGUUGGAGAUGGCCACUUCGGAGUACCCCUAUUCUGAGUGUCAGAAUGCUGCGCAAAUUUACCGAAAGGUCACUUCGGGCACCAAACCUAAUAGCUUUCACAAAGUGAAGAUACCGGAGCUGAAGGAGAUAAUUGAAGGCUGUAUACGUACUGAUAAGAAUGAAAGGUUCACCAUCCAGGACCUCCUGGCCCAUGCCUUUUUUCGAGAGGAGCGAGGAGUGCAUGUGGAACUGGCAGAAGAGGACGAUGGGGAGAAGCAGGGCCUGAAGUUGUGGUUGCGAAUGGAGGAUGCCAGGAGGGUUGGCCGUCCUCGGGACAACCAGGCCAUUGAGUUUCUAUUCCAAUUGGGAAGGGAUGCGGCUGAAGAGGUGGCACAGGAAAUGGUGGCUCUGGGACUAGUCUGUGAAGCUGAUUACCAACCAGUGGCUAGAGCUGUCAGAGAAAGGGUUGCUGCCAUCCAGCGCAAAAGGGAGAAACUUCGGAGAGCGAGGGAGACAGAGCAGAUUCCACCACCCCCAGGACCACCUCCAGUCAUUGCCCCCACAGCUCCUGGGCCUGAAACUCCCUUCCUUCCUGAACCUGAGGAACCCGAGGCAGAUCAGCACCAGCCAUUCCUUUUCCGACAUGCCAGCUAUUCUUCUACCACCUCGGACUGUGAGACUGAUGGUUACCUCAGCUCCUCUGGCUUCAUUGAAAAUUCAGACCCAGUGCUCCAGCCUCCUGGAAGGGAACCAUCCAGCCCUGCUGAUCCCCAGAUCUCCUUGCCCUCGGCCUUUGCCUUGUCCAUUCCUCGAUCUGGUCCAGCUAGUGACUUCUCUCCUGGGGACAGUUACACUUCAGAUGCAGCAUCAGGGCUCAGUGACGUGGGAGAAGGGCCAGGAAGAAUGAGGAGACCCCCUGGGAGAAGUCCUAAGCGCAGACCUCGAUCCCGCUUACGUGUUACCAGUGUGUCGGACCAGAAUGAUCGAGUUGUUGAAUGUCAGUUGCAAACACACAACAGCAAGAUGGUGACCUUCCGAUUCGACUUGGAUGGAGACAGCCCUGAGGAGAUCGCAGCUGCCAUGGUAUAUAAUGAGUUCAUUCUACCAUCUGAGCAGAAUGGAUUCCUGGGCCGGAUUCGGGAAAUUAUUCAGCGAGUGGAGACCUUGCUAAGGAGAGAAGGAGGCCCUGUGGGGGCCUCUGGAGAUGCUCCAGCACCCCAGCAGGAGGAGCCCACGAUACCGGCUCUCCCUGGCCCCCUCUCACUCCCAGUCAGUGAGACCAACAGUACCUCCCUGGAGCAGAGAAACUGGACAUCUUUUCCUUCCUCCCCUCUGUCUCCUGGACUCCCCUUGUCACCAGGGUACCCCUUGUCUCCUGGGAACCCCUUUUCUCCAGGUCCUUCCUUUCCCAUUGCAAAUCCUCAUUUACCUAUCACUUCCUCCCCAUAUCCCCUCGCUUCCUCCCAGUUUCCUUCCAGCCCCUCCCAGUUCCCCAUCACAACUUCCCAGCACCCAAGUGUCCCUCCUUUCCCCCUCAAUUCUCUACCCCCGGUUUCCCCUAGUUCCCAGUUCCCCAUCACAUCCUCCCAAUUUCCCCCAAGCCCCUCUACCUAUCCCUCUACUUCUCUUCCUACAUUCUCCCCUAAUUCCUCCCCAUCCCCGAUCACAUCCCCCCAGUACCCCCCAAGUACUUCUUCGUUUCUGCCCAGUUCCCCACCUCCAUUUCCACCUAGUUGUUCCCAGUUCACACUCAGUACUUCUUCCUUUCCUCCAAGUCCAUCUCCUCCUCUUCCUCCACCCCCUUCAACACCCCUCCUUUCCCUGGCUGGUGCCUUCUCUCUGGCUGUGAUGACUGUGGCGCAGUCCUUGCUAACACCCCAACCUGAGCUCCUUCCUCGACCUCCAAGUCCUCCUGCCCCUCUGCCAAGUCCCCCAGCAUCCCUUGUGCCAGGUGGCUUGGAGAGUUCUCCGACAUCCAAAGCUGAAGAGGAAAAUGGGGCCACCCUCAGUUCUCAGUCGCUCCUGGUUGAAACUAGGCUGUCACCCAUCACAGAAGAAGGGAAGCCACAGCUUGUCGGGCGUUUCCAAGUGACUUCAUCAAAAGAACCAGCUGAACCCCUUCUCCAAGAGCCACCAGCUCCACCUCCGGGCUCCCCAGAACCUUGUACCCCACUGCUGGCCCCUGAGAGUUCAGACACAGAGGACAGUGCUGGAGGAGGGCCAGAGACAGGGGAGGCUCUAGCUGAGAGCGAUCGGGCAGCAGAGGGUCUGGGGCCAGGAGCUGAGGGGGAGGAUGGGCAGGAGGAAAGGGAGUCCUGGAUGGGCAGCAGCCCUCCUCCUCCAAGCCAGCCCAGCCCGGUGUGGUUGAACUACACAUACAACAGCCUGUGUCUGAGCAGUGGGGACUCAGAGAGCAGCGGGGAGGAUGAAGAGAUAUGGGCGGAGCUGCAGAAUCUUCGACAGAAACACCUAUCUGAGGUGGAGACACUGCAGAUGAUGCAGAAGAAAGAGAUAGAGGACCUAUACAGCAGGCUGGGGAAGCAACCCCCACCAGGCAUAGUGGCUCCUGCCACCAUGCUUUCUAGCCGGCAGCGUCGCAUCUCCAAGGGCAGUUUUCCUGCCUCUCGACGAAACAGCUUGCAACGCCUGGAACCUCCACCUCCUGGUAAGGUACUCCAGCUCCUAUUCCUUCAACAAGCCCCCUCUUCCCUGGUUUCUUUCAGGCCCCGAGUGCCCACCUUGGUUGGAGUGGCACGACCCCCUCCCCAUCUUCUCUCCUGGUUCCUCUCACUCAGUAUCCAUCCUUUCCCCAGGCAUUAUGAGAAGGAACUCUUUAAGUGGCAGCAGCACUGGCUCUCAAGAACAGCGACCAAGCAAGGGGGUGACAUUCGCUGGGGAUUUUGGCAGGAUGUGAGCCCAGAACUGAAGCAGUGUGGAACCAGGGGAGAGCUGUUGCCUUCAGGACCUGCUCCUUGAUCAAUAUAACUCAGCAUGCUACACCAGGAGAAAGUAGUGGUUUGGUGCACUGAAAAAGACUUCAGUGCUUGACAUCAGGAGUUACUUGGAUCUGAAUCCUCCCUCUGAUACUCUGUGACCAUGGGCAGGUCACUUUUAACUCUCUGUGCCUCAGUUUUCUCAUCUGGAUGCAUAACAGGACAUAAAUGGUUGUCCCUACCUCACAGGGUUGUUGUGAGGACCCAAAGAAACGUCUGCACAGUGCUUUGCAAAUCUUAAAAGUGCUAUAUAAACCUUUCAUUGUCAGCUAUCAUGAUUGUCAUAUUCCGGAGACAGGGGUGGGAAACAAGGAGACAGAAUCUCUACCCUAUGAAAUGAGACAAAAUUCGUAAAGCCUUUUUAAAACCUGAAAGCACACAUCGAGGUGGCCCACUGGAUAGAGAGCCAGGCCUACAGACAAGAAGGCCUAGGGUCAAAUCCGGCCCCAGAUACAUCCUAGUUAUGUGACCCUGGGCAAAUCAUUUUACCCAAUUGCCCAGCUUUUACCUCUUCUGUCCUGUAAUCAAUCCAUAUAGGUUCUGAAAGAGGUGAUUUUUGGUUUUUUUUUUUAAAGCACUAUAUAAAUGCUAAUUAUUACUAUCAAAGAGAAGCAGAUGAAGAACUGUUCUUGUUCUUUGGUGUGGAGUGUGAGCCCUUGGGCUUCCUAGCACCAACCACUAAAACUCCACAAAAAUUGCUUGGAGAACUCUCCCUUCUAAUCUCCCCUCCCACCAAAGCUGAGGGCUGGGCACACUCAUGUCAGACUUGUACAGAAGCCAAUAAAAAUAUUGGAAAUGAG